UUUAAAAUCUUACAUUUGACCGAGAUGCGUCCCAUAAAUUAUACCAUUUUGGUAACAAUAUGAAGUAGGGGAAUUAUUAUAUAUGUGAUUCUUUAAUCUCACUACUGCAGGUAACAGAAUGAUGAUAGAGGAAACAAAGCGUAGUCUUCAUGAUGCACUGUGUGUGGCGAGGAAUCUGAUCUGCAACAAUUCUAUUGUUUAUGGCGGUAGUUCUGCUGAAAUAUCUUGUUCAAUUGCAGUGGAAGCUACUGCAGAAAAAUUUCCAGGGGUUGAGCAGGAGAAUAAUCCACAUUGUGGUGUAGAUGGCAAUGAUGUUGUGACAAAUAACAUGAAGGAGCAGAACGUAUUUGAGAGGCUGAUAGGAAAGCAACAGCAGAUCUUGCUCGCAACUCAGGUUGUGAAAAUGAUAUUGAAGAUGGAUGAUGUGAUCACUCCAUCUGACUAUUAAUUCGCGGUUAAGCUGGUUAGCGAAGUUGUUUCUUAGUUGUAAUCUCAUUGCUUCCUCGCGUUUUCUCCACGGGUUUGUGUUUUAGACAGGUUUGUCACUGAUUAUUUCCACUGGUAAUGGCAAAUUAGCAUGAGUCUUGGAAACUAUUAUUUGAAAGAAGUUGAGACUCACUUGCUAAGACUUGAGGGUUGAA